AUGGGAGAUUCUUGUCAAUUGCCUAAAGUUAUCGUGAUUGGUGCCGGUGGUGUUGGUAUCAUCGGUGCUCUUUCUCUUUGUUAUAAAGGUUUAAGCAAUGUGUCAUUAGCCAUUAGAUCUGAUUAUGAAAUAGUACAAAAGAAAGGUUAUAAAAUCAGUUCCUGUGACUAUGGUCAAUUCGAAAGUUGGAAGCCAAACCAUGUGUAUCGAACCGUAGAGGACGCAUCUCAAAGUGGCCAAUUUUUCGAUUAUAUCGUCGUUGCUACUAAGAACAUUCCUGAUGGCCCUGCACAUUCAAGAGUCCCUAAAGUGAUCCAACCUCUUGUGGAGAGUAACCACGCUCUCAGUGAAGGUCGUCAGACUAAUGUCUUGCUGAUUCAAAACGGGAUCGAUAUCGAGAAAGAGAUUUGGAACGCAUUCGAUAGAAAAAAGUACCAUUUGAACGUUUUAUCUGGUAUCCAACUAAUUGGUUCAACUAAAGUGGCACCAGGUGUGAUUGACCAUGUUGGUAAGGAUCAAUUGCAAGUAGGUGCCUUUGAAAGCGAGAAUGAAGAUGCUGUUAAGGCCGCUAAAAGGUUUGUCGAAUUGUAUCACAACGAAGGUAAGAACUAUGCCGAAUUUGAUGCAUCCGUUCGUUAUUCAAGAUGGAAAAAACUACUAUAUAAUGCUGCGAUCAACACUACAACGUCCUUGGUUAAUUUAGAUGUCCCUCGAUGCCUUGAAUUUGGUGUUGAUAGGAAAAGCACCGAGGAAAACGUCUUCAGACCUGCAAUGCGUGAAAUUGUCGCUAUAGCUACUACAGAAAAUAUAGUGCUCGAUGAAUCACUCGUCACCUUUUUUGUCGAAAUUACAAGGCACAUUAUGUUUAAACCCUCCAUGUGCGUGGAUCACGAGAAAGGCCAGUUGAUGGAAUUAGAAGUUAUUUUGGGUAAUCCUUUGAAAAUUGCAAGAGAAAAUGGAGUACAGACACCUGUGCUAUCCAUGCUAUAUUAUUUACUCGUUAUGGUUCAAGGACAUUUGAGAGAGAAGAACGGAUUAUUGAAAUUUGACGAAUCGAAGGCAGAACUAGUCGAAACCAAAUAA